CUAUUCCUCGCCAUCAACAUAACCGCAGUCACAGCCAACGACGAAGACCUCUUCCAUAGUCCACCUCAGUGUCGUACAAGACGUCGGUGUGUUCGCAGCGCUAUAUUAUAAUAUAGGUAAUAUUCCUAACGCGAAUCCCUCUGACGUGCACGUGUUAUAGCAUAUUAACAUUCGUACAUAUUAUUGUGAUUUCGUUCAUUUUCUGAUAUUAUCAACGAGUACCACGGUUGCUCUCUUGCGCGACCUUUACUGCUACCAGAGUCAUCUACCUGUAACCGCCAUAACCGCAACCCAUAAAGAUAACUCGCCACUGUCAAGGAUUAGGCGRUUACCGGAAGCAGGUAUUUCAGCAGGCUGUCACUGAAGUCUAGCUUUUUUYGUGCGUUUCUAAACACGAUCGCUUAACCAACGCGUCCACCCGUUCUGGUCUUAAGUGACAAAGCCGACACAUUUCUACACAGAGGUUUUCAAAACUAAUGUAAGAUUCAGACAUGGCGGGUAUCGAUACCCGGUGGCUGGUGACCCUGUGUUUGAUCUCUGUAGCGCAAUGUGUUCCUUCCAGGGCUACGUCUCAAUCAGAAACAGCUUCCGAAGACUCAAGAAGAGUCCUUGGUUCAAGUGUGGUAACAUCAGUAUCUGUAAUAAUGGAUCAUGGUAAUGGAACCAAAACAUAUUUUUCCGAUGGACAAAGUAAAAACAUACACAAACCUACAGAUACCAUAAUCGGUAGUCCUGGUAAUUUACUAUCACCGGACCGUUAUGAGUUUUAUACAUUUGACGAAACGGGAGAUUUAGUUAAACGACUAAUGACAUUGGAUGAAAUACAUGGUUUAAUUGCUGGAGCAGAUCCAGAAUCAGUGAUGUCUGAUGCUUCCCCUACAUAUUAUCAUGACGCUUUAUCAAGUCAUUCAUCAGAAGCACUUAUGCACUUGCCUGCUUCAGAUCUUGAAUCAUUAGAUGCACCAGCAGUUCAUAAGGUUCUAGAAAGUGUACAAAAUGUAUUGAAAAAUGAAAUGGCUGCCAACUCAGGUAAACCUAUUCCUUCUUCUAUGUCAAGCACAUCUUUACAUCGCCCAGAUUCAGCGUCUGCGUGGUCAGCCUUAUUCCCAGGAUUAAUUGAAACUCCAGAUGACGUAGCUCAUCUUUCCGGAUAUUUGCUCCCAUCGAAAACAACCGAGUCAAUGGAUAUUCCAUUGACUAAAAAACCAUUGUCACCUACUAAAACACCAUUUGUAUCAAUGAAACCUCAAUCAACGACACUUAAAUUGCCACAGUCAUCUAUAAAGACGCAAGUAGCCACUACAACAGAAAAAGUGAGGUCAACACCAAAAUACACCACUGUCAAGCCUGAAGUAACAUCAAAAUUCACUCCAACACAAUCCACACAGCCAAUUAUACAGUCAACAACACAGCCAACAACACAGCCAAUAACACAGUGGACAACAUUUAAACCAUCUACAACUAAGAAACCUUUUAGGCCAAUACAGUCAUUUGAGAAACAAAAGCCAGCCUUACAAAAACCAAGUUUAAUUUUGAAUUCAACUGUUAAACCAUCUAUUAUGUCUGAUAGUCUUGAAAUAAAUAAAGAAAUGUCAGCGUCUAUAUCAGAUAUGCUGUCACAAGUGACUGACAGUCAAUCGUCCAACCACAAACCUUUACAGACUAAUAAUUUAGUAGAGAAAGAUAGUACUGCAGAUUAUGUACCAGAAGAGAGUUCGCCAGAAUUAAGCUAUUACAGUCCAAUAGCAAUGUCAUUAAGCACCGGUGGAGCUUUGAGACCAGUUACAGAAGCUUUGACAUCAGCUCGAAAACCUCCAAUUACAAUGGCGUAUAAAACUACAACUACAAAUAUGCCAUUUUCACAAAAGACUAACCCUACUAUUACAGCAACAAGAUUUACACCRCCCAAGUCUAAUGCGACUAAGCCUCGACCAUAUAUGAAUGCUACUACAGCUUCUUAUAUGACAAAGCCAUCAUCAAUCAAUAAAUUUAAUUCAACUACUGUUUCUACCACUAGAAAUAACUAUCAAUACCCACCAAGUAACAUGUCAACUAAAUACAUGCAAAAAAUUACACAAACCACUCAAGCUUACCCAAAUAAAUUAAUUGACAGUUUCGUAAAAGUUGUUAACAAAACGAUAAAUAAUGCAACUCUUAGCGUGAAACAACCAACAGAUACAUUUUGGAAUUCCACAGAGGAGACGAAUAAUAAACUAGUAAAAGASCCAGUUAAGGUUUUCCAGACUAAAGUCACUUCAAAUCGACCAAACGGUAUUAAUCGGACGAAUGUCACUCUGUCUAAUCGCAUACAAGAGUUGAAAACUACGGCUAUUCCAAAUUUCGGAUUUGGUUCGUCUACAACAACGGUUCGUAGUCAAACAGAACCCGAUAAAUAUGUGUCAGUUAAAGUAGAAGAAUGGCCAAUGACCGCUCAACAUCCAACUGCAUACCCUUCAACUACACCAUAUAUGAGUACCGAAAAAUCAUUCUUUUCCAGCAACAGUCAGCAACUGAACUCUGUUACGGACGCUAACGUCAUAAGAGAUUUAAUAUCGUCUUUUAUGACUAAAUCGUCAACAGCUUCCAGCGUCUCAACCACCAGUACUGCAUCUCCAGUUUCUGUUAGCGCUCAACAAAAACUCACGCCCUUCAUAUCGUCUACAACACCGUCGGCGGAAAAUAAUAUAACUGGAAUUCCGGUGUCCAUCAUCUCUUCGUCAGUUGGAGAUUUAAUGACAACAACAACAACAACAACAACAACAACUACAACAACAACAACAAAACCGACAAUAAUACCAACUACAAUAACAGCAUCAACCACCACAGAAACCGCGGCAAUUACGACAUUGGAAACCUCAACAGCAACAGGAAUGGAAGCAGUAAAAACUGCUAUGGAAGCUGCAGAUAAAGGUGUAAUUGUAAUGACGACGACAUCGGCUUCUGUGAGUGAAGCGAAUACGACGAAUCUAAGUACGAUGGCUGCUCAGAUAACAAGUGACGCUCCAAUUACACAGACAGCAGCCAAUGCUGUAGUAGGUUCAAUAUUGUCCAGUACGGUGGCUAGAACCACGGCAGCUAAUGCAACUGGAGUCACAUUUACAACACCAGAAUCGGAAACUCAAUACAUUCCAGUCACACAUUUUCUUCCGGAAUUACAACUGAAAGAUAGGCCAGAAACCGAAAACAACAACAGUUCGCCGGGCGUAGAUCUGAUGCUCAAAGACGGUAUAAACGCUGUAGCUAGCAUGUUGCAAAACACACAAAAGCCGGCAGUGGCAGCGGUUCUUGAAACGRAAUACCAGGAUAUUGGUGAUCGCCCCUACGAGAAAUUGACUUUAGCUGAGGGAAAACAAUCAUCCACUGAACAAGCCAACCAAAAACAAGCGACGGUGAAGUCUGACUUUGAAGAGACAACCACAUUUGCCGUGUCCACGCAAGACUUCUACGACUUCACUACGAACUCAGCUGAAUUGGUCUCUAAGUUCUUAGAGCCGAAUGACACGAUCGCAGCAGAAUCGGUUACCACCAACGAAACAGAAGAGGUGCUUCGAAAUUCAGAACUGGGCUUGGAAAUGUUAACUGUGUUUAAUGUUAGCUCCACUGGAGGUCCCGUCCAGGUGGCCAAACUGGACGAUUUGUCAUCCGAAACGCAAGUAUUUUUUGACACUACCACACCAUUUGAAAACCGUGGAUCUACUACCAAUCCAACGAUCGGUAACGAAGAAUYAGUAACCACAACUUUCACCCCUUAUCUUGCUCCGGUUACGAAGGAGGUAACAGUGUCAACCGAAACCAUGUCGUCAACGUCGACAACUACGACAAUACUUCCAUCACUAACACCAUCAGUGAAAGCAGCAAUAGUAUCAUCAGAAGCAACAGCAUCAUCUACAGUAAUAUCUACGACACCAGAAUCUGAAGUCCAAAACUCGGUGACUCCAUCUGAAAACCCUACGGUGGCCACGUCAGCGACAAACUACACCACUUGGGCUACGCCAAUCACAGCCAGCCUGCCACCUGUAGUAAAAUCGCCUGGACCAUCKUCCAACGUUUAUAGACCACAAAUGACCAACAGUGCGUCUCCAUCAACAGUCGAAUUACAUCCUGCACCACACGAGAGCAUGGGAAUGGAAGCGAGUGUAGCGUUCUUGGGUGAUGAUGUACGCCGAUUUGCGGACCUUUGUAACGAGCUGUCGUUUAAGAUGUGGACAGCCGUUACCGGAAAAGGUCAAAUAUCCUCCAGAAGCCUAGUCCUGUCUCCCUUUGAGCUGACUGCUAUGCUGGCUAUGGUAUUCCUAGGUGCCCGUGGUUCCACUUCUGGUCAGAUGAACGACGUGCUAAGGCUUGAUGACAUGGUUACGUUCAAUCCACAUCAAGUGCUAAGGAACAUAACGCACUCAAUAACAAACGUCAACAAUCCAGGUGUGGCCACCGCGUCUUUUGUUCGAGAGAUUUACAGCCACAAGGGAAAUGGAAAAAUACUAGAAUUCUAUAAAGAACGAGUACAACAGUAUUAUGAUGGACAUGUAGAAGAAGUAGAUUUCAAUACAAUCGGAGACGUUUUAAGAAGACGAACGAAUUUAUUAGUCAAAAGACAAACUCUGGGUCGUGUUGUAGAAUAUCUUCGUGGUUCUGGUUUAAGUUUGACACCACCAUUCGCGGCAUUCAGUGCUAAUGUAUUCCAGACAAGCUGCGAGGGUGCGUCCACUGAGGGCCGGGACGGUGAAAUGUACUUUGUGGUGAGGCCAUCGACCAGACAACGGCGCCUGGUCCCAGUGCCAGCAGCAGUGUGGCGCAGUGGGUUCCUGGCCGGAUACGAACCUGGGCUGGACGCAACUGCCGUAUGCUUAGGCCCGGACUCGUCGGUGUCCACUAUACUGGUGCUGCCAGGACAACAAGGCCAGGUGGCUCCAGGCGACGGGCUUGCCCGAUUGGAGCAGCGCCUGAUAGAGACAUCGUACCGGCGGGGGGGCUGGUCUCGGGUGCUCCGGAGCCUAUUGCCCCGACCCGGGCUCGAGCUGCAGGUGCCGCGGUUCUCACACCGAUCUGUGCUCAACGCUACGGUCGCCCUUCAGAAGAUGGGCCUCCGGGACGUGUUCAGCGAUCAAAAGGCCGACUUGCGUGGCGUCAACGGACUGUACGACCUGUACCUAUCCGACAUGCUCCAGGUGAACACGUUCAGCACGUGUGGUGAAGACACCAUCGGCGCCCGACAYCACGUAGAAACGUACCCAGCCUCGCCGCAGCGAAUGGGCCGUGCMGGACGUGACGGUGGCCACGAGAGCAGCCAGAAUUUCGAUAACGACGACGGCCACAAAAAUGGCGACGAGGGCGUACACAACAGUAGACACGAUGGUGAUCGCCAGAAGCGCAACGUCGACGACCUGCCACUGCACAGCCCGUAUUCGCAUUUGCCGCUUAAUCUACGGCCCAGACAGGCACGGCUACCGGACGUACCAAGACUCAGGUUCGAUAGACCGUUCCUUUACCUGGUCCGGCACAACCCCACAGGCAUGAUCAUCUACUUAGGCAGGUUCAACCCGAGGUUGUUGCCGUAAUCUAUUAUAUAGUAAUUAUAAUAAUAUUAACUAAAUCAUACACAAAACAUAAUAUAUUAUAACAUUAUCUAUAUGUAUACACUAUUACGCUAUUGUCAAACGAUGAUUUUAAAAUGAAUUUCUAAUAYUAAAAUAUUAAACUAACCGUAAGUCAUAACUCGUUUGGACAGUAAAACAAUAGUAGUGUUUCGUUUUUGACACCUAAAAUGAAUUAAUUUACUCAAGUAUUGUGUUUGGCAUUAGGUUUUUGGAACUUAUCCAGUCGAUUUCACUGACAUUUAAUAAUAAAAAUAUUUUUAAAUUAUCCAGUGAUAUUUUUCAAAUAAUUUUGUAAUCUUGGUAAAAUCGACAUCCUAAACGUUUUUUAAGUUUAAAAUAAUUCAGAAUUCUGAGCAAUAGUUAUACAAUAAUUUUAUA